UAUAUAUGUAACAUAAAUUUUUGUACAGGUUAUCUCUUUUGCUCAGUAUUGUGAACCAGGUUAAUCCAUUUUACAUAUGAGAAAGCUGAGGUCUAGAAAACUGAAAUGAAUUACCCAGGUUCCACCUCUUAUAAGUGGUAAAGGCAUAAUUCACACCAAGGUCUUUUGAUUCCAAGCUUAGUCUUCUUACCAUCCUGCCACAACAUUCACAGCUCUUGGUGAAGAAACUACCCCUCCCUUGUCCUUUCUUAUAGCACAAUAGUACUCCAUCAUAAUCAGUCUUUUGAGGAAGGAUAGAAUAACUUGAUCAGCCAUUCUCAAAUGAAUGAUCAUCUCCUCAAUUUCCAGUUAGUGAUGGGAAAGUACUACUAACACCAACUCUAGCAUCAAAUUAGUAGGCUCAGUGGUCUAAUAAUCAACACUGGUCUACCUCCCUUUUUUCACAUCAAUAUCAUUAAUGUUAGGAAGAGAGAGAUAUUGGGAAGAGCAGUAGCCCUUUGACACUAGUAACCCACAUAGUCCUUGGCAUCAGUUUCCUCAUCUGUAAAAUGAGAGGGUUGGGGUAGCCUCUGAGGUCCCUUUCAGCUCCAGUUGUAUGACUGGAUGUGAACCAUGGGGGGAAGAGGGUUCCUCUGCCCACUGAAUGCCAGCUAUAACCAGCAGAUGGAGAAGCCUUGAGACAUGGUCCAAGUCCAGAGGCAUCUCUGGGUGCCCACUCCCUUCCCUGACUCCCUGGGGCAGAAAGGACCUUGUGUGCUAGCUGUGCCAAGCUGUCUUUGCAUGCUUCUUCCCUGCCUCUCCCUUGCCUCCCUCUGCUUCAGGAUCUGGCUGGGGUGGGUGGAUGGCUGCUGAGCUCUGCUGGGAGUUUCACUUCCUCACUGGUUGGGGCUCACACCCACAGCAGCAGCAGCAGCAGCAGCAGCAGCAGCAGCAUGAGCUGCCGGCCCGGCUGCUUUUCUCCUGGUGGCAUCUAACCAAGUGAGCAGCAGCAGGAAAAUCUUGCCUCGCUCGCUCCCUUCAUCUCCAACCCACCUGGUAGUGGAGAGGCAGCUCGAAUGGGCAGAGUCGAAGCUAGAGAAAGAAACAUGAGCCACCUGGACUCUUCGGAGGGAGAAGCUGAGCACCUCCAGGACUUGGGGUGGUAUCAUGGAAGUCUCACUCGCCAUGCAGCAGAAGCACUUCUUCUCUCCAAUGGAAUGGAUGGAAGUUACCUCUUAAGAAACAGUAAUGAAAAGAGUGGCCUAUACUCUCUUUCAGUGAGAGCCAAAGAGUCUGUCAAACAUUUUCACGUGGAAUACACAGGCUAUUCAUUCAAGUUUGGUUUCAAUGAAUUCUUGAGUUUGAAGGAGUUUGUGAAUCAUUUCGCAAACCAGCCUCUGAUUGGGAGUGAAACAGGCACUCUGAUAGUUCUGAAACAUCCCUAUCCGUGCCAAGUGGAAGAGCCAUCCAUCUACGAAUCGGUCAGGGUUCAUACAGCAAUGCAAACGGGAAAGACAGAGAGUGACCUGGUACCCACAGCUCCUUCACUUGGCACCAAAGAAGGAUACCUAACAAAACAAGGAGGACUAGUGAAGACUUGGAAAACCAGGUGGUUCACUUUGCAUAGGAAUGAACUGAAAUACUUCAAAGACCAAAUGACACCAGAGCCAAUUCGGACACUAGAUCUAACAGAAUGCUCGGCUGUGCAGUUUGACUACACACAGGAAAAAGUCAACUGUUUCUGCUUAGUAUUUCCAUACAGAACUUUUUAUUUAUGUGCAAAAACAGGAGUGGAAGCAGAUGAAUGGAUUAAGAUACUACGAUGGAAAAUGUCACAAAUAAAGAAGCAGCUGGGACAGGAUGGGGGCACCAUGAGGUCUCAGUCCUUCUUUUUUAAGCAGCCCCUUUCUGGCAAGUGAUGCUUGCUCUUCCCCAGAGGCGGGUUGUUCCAUGAUGUUGUAAAUGCUGGUGGACUUACCAGGAAAUCUGACUCCACGGACAAAGAACAGAUGCUUGGUUGGGUUCUUUGACGAUAUGACACUUUGGCCGAGCCACGGAAAUGGCUGCCCUGUCCAGAUACUGCUAUCUCCUGGAGUUGGCAUACCCAAUCAUCGUUUUGGUGGAAACAUGCAUUUGACAAUAAUAAAAAUAGCUCACUUUUAUACAGUGCUUUUAAGUUUUGCAAAGCACUCACCACAUUCUCUCAUUUUAUCAUCGUAACACUCCUGUGAAAUAGGUGCUGCCAAUAUUCCCUUUUUCAGAGGAGAAAAAUAGAGGCUCCAAGAAAUUAUCACUUGCCCAGAUUAAUUGUCCAAGGGAGGGCCUGGACUGUGUCAUGGCCAAUCUGCUAUGGAACAUUGCCUUAAAACUUUGGAUACCUACAACAAAAAAAAGACAGAAACUUCUCAAGUCAAAUGUUCUUUUCUUUCUAGUUGUGACUACCAAGCUCAGCAGAAUGACAGUUGGCUUAUUUCUGCCAACAGUUCAUCAACUACCUAUUCUCUGGGAGUAUGAUGGACGCUUUGGGGCACGGUACUUUGGGGAACACAGCUCUUUUCCUCUCAAUGUUAUUGUUGUCAUUUAGGCAUUUUGCUCAUGUCUGACUCUUCAUGACCCCAUUUGGAAUUUUCUUGGCAAAAAUACUAGAGUGAUUUCACAAUUCCUUUUAGGACAAUAGAAUAAACAUUUAUUGAGUGCCUACAGAGUUCAGAGUAUAUUGUCAUGGGAAUGAGAAUUAGUAUAUGUAAAAAAUAUUCUUUGGAUAAAAAAGCAAAAACAUUUUCAAAAAUUAAAAACUGAAAGCUAUCACAUUAGUUUAUAGCUUUGAGUUCUUCUGGGCCAUUCUUUUGUGAGGACGGUAAAAUAAAAAAAGCAAAAAUUAUGGUUUUCUGUGGGUUGUUGUAUGUAGUUGGAAAGUAAAAAGAAUCAGAAAUCAACAAAUUAAGUAGCAUAUUACUUGAAUUUGACUAUAUCAAAAAAGAAGAGUCCCAUCACAAGCAUGCAGCCACUCCUUGUCUGAGAUCUACAGUAAGCUAAACUUUUUUUUAUUAUUUAGAAUUUCCUCCUUCAGUGUGGACCUGGUGGAAAGUGGUUCGGAAGUCAGAUGGCUUUAGUUCCAAUCCUGCCAUUGAUUGCCUGCAUGACCUCUCUGGGCUUCAGUUUCUUUCUCUAUAAACUGUGGUUGGGCCAGAUGAAAAGUCCUUUUGAGCUCUAAUGACCCUAUAGUUUUGGUAUUAACCCCAAAAUGUUAGAAAAGGAUUCGUAAGCACUCAUGACCUGGUACAACAAGAACUUGUCUCUAAUGCAGCCACCAAUAAGGAGCUCAAACCAGGCUUGCUGUCACAGAGAAUUUUAAGAGAUUUACAAUAAAAAUUGGCUUACAGAACACUUUGAACAGGGUGGAGAGGAAAUGUUGGAUUUAGUCUAGGAUGUCCACAAAGGAGGUGCCUCACUGUCUUUCCCUCUAAAGGGAAGACAUUGGCCUAGAUAGAUCUCAAAGGCCCCUUCUGGCUCUAAAUCCAGUAUUCUCUGAUUCUAAGAGCACUGCUGACACAAAGCUUGUAGGUUAAGAAACAAUCUAGUCCUUUCCAUUAACUUUGGCACUUUUCUUUAGCUAGGGAGCAAAUCACAAGGUGAAUUUUGGAAUGAAAAGAUUUUAAUCCAUUGGAGUUUGGCUCAGCCUGGACAAAGGAACCUUGCUGUGGGUGAGGCCAGGCUUUAUUUUCAGGCUGUUCCCUCCUAUUAUUAACUGCCUGAGAGAGGGACUCACACGGGUUUUAGGGAAUAUGGGAUUCUGCACAUUAAAGCAAAGCUUCAAUGGGUUUUUUGUUUUGUUUUGUUUUGUUUGGAUUACAGGAAAUGCUGAGAUAAAGCAAAAGUCAAGCAGUACUCAGUUGGGGAAGGCUUAAAAUACAAGAAAUUGAGUAAGCAUGGAUAUAGACCCAGAAAAGUUAUUAGCUUUUAAAAAAAAAAAACAUCUAGGUGAUCAGGUGAAAAAGGAAAGGUUUUUAUGUGGGCAAUAAUGUUUUAGAAUUAAUUGUGAAUUGCUAUUUUUAUAGGACAUUAUGUAUUUAUUUAUAUACUUUUGCUCUGCUUAUUAAAACAGCAUUAUUUUCCAA